UCAAAACGUUUACUGUAGUCGAUUUUACACCUGUCUUUUGAUAAGGAUGUUUACAUGAAAUGCUGUAUAAUCUUAUGGGAAAGAUAUACUCUUUUUAUAACUUGUUUAAUGAUUAUUGAGUAUAAAUUUGUUCCUAUGUCUGUAUUGCCUGACUCAUCAAGAAAGCAAGUGAAUCUUGAUAAUAUGAAGAGCCUCAUUGUCUAUUGUUUCUUUGCAUUUUGCUUGUGAAAUUGUUGACAUUUGAACUAGACAUAAGAUAAAAGAAGUUGAAUAAAAAUGGACCAUGAACCACUACACAAUGAUCGAGGAGACUUUGACCUACGGUUGAAUAAUAAAGUGAAAAAAGAUAAAGAUAAGACUGAUUCAGCUGAACGCAAGAAAUGGAAUUUCAGAAGAACAAGUGCAACAGAAAUGAGCGGAGAUGGUGGACCGACAUCAGCAUUUGGUCUUAUCAACCAGUCAGAACCUAGAUCUAAGAGGACUGUCUCGCCAACAAUGAUCUUUGAAAAUACACUUAGUGAUCAUGAUGAACCAAAUGAUGUUCUGACUAAAUCACCACCAACAACAUUAAAUUUUUCACAAACCGUAGCUCAGCAAACACUUGCAUCUCCUAAAGCUGCAACUGUAGAACAAAGACUUGGAACAACUAUUACAAGAGCAAGACAAAAGUCUCUACCAUUAAGCACAAGUCCACCUGCAUUGAUAAACAGACCACAGUCUGUGAGGAAACCAGGAGAACGUAUUCGCCGCCAAGUGUCAGUACCAGCCAAGCCUGUCACACUAUUGCAACAACAAUCACUUUCAUCUCUGUCUCCAACACAACCAGAGAGACAUGAUCUUAGGAAAACAACAAAUGAUCAACAGACAAAUAUUCAAUGGCAAACUGUUCAACAGCCAUAUUUUAAUCCUGAUAGUUUAACUAAUGUCAUUGAAAAACCUCAUGAAAAUCAACUUCAUAGAAGCAGAGCACUCUCAGAUAAUGAUAAGGCUGCUGUAGAAGAAGUAGACAAUAAUCAAAAUACAAUGUGGAAAGGGAAUCAGGACACAGGUCAUGGUAAAUGGGCAGAAUUUCUGUCUCCUACAAAUGAUGUGUUCGUUCCAGAUGAUAAAGCCUGGGCUGGAACUGAUAAUAUUGUUGUUGAGGCUGAUGAUGAAGAAGAGGUUGUCCAAAGAAGCUCCAGUCAUUCAUCGCAGUCCAGCAACUCAUCUGAAAGUGAUAUUGAAGACACCGAAGAGAAUGUUUGGAAAAUUAACGAAGAACAAAAGGCAUAUUAUCUUAACCAGUUUCGAGUCCUGCAACCUGCGGAGAAAGGUGUUGUAGCGGGUCAGAAAGCAAGAGACUUUUUUCUGAAAUCUGGUUUAGGGGUGGAUGUCCUUUCAAAAAUAUGGAACUUGGCAGACUUGGACAGUGAUGGUGCACUAAAUUUUGAAGAAUUUUGUAUAGCAAUGCAUAUUGUUGUUGCAGUUCGACACGGCUUGGAUGUUCCUGCCACCCUACCACAAUAUUUGAUCCCUGAAAAAUAUGAAGCACCAGCUGCUAAUGCGACAGCACCAAUGGUUGAAACAAAUGGCAAUGAACUCUCAUUGCAAGAUUCCUCUCAGUCAUGGGCCAGAUUUUCACCAGAUCCAAGGAAUCCAAAGCAGCCACCAGCAAUGCUGGAAACUGAUGGCGCAAUCCGGACAGUUCAAGCACAAACCGUGCAUCAUAGCAGUCAGCAAGCUGGUCAACAUCUUCACUCUCAGCACACCCAUCAAGCCAACCAGCAUGCACCACAGAGCAGCCAGAACACUCAACAACACCCACAAACGGAGGCCCAGCCCCAGCAAAAUCAGCAAGUCAGCCAACACCCACCUGUUGCAGCACCCGAACAAACAGUCACACCACAAGUCCAGAAUCAAGCAGCGACUCAGCAUCGUCGUGUUGAACGCACUAAAUCAGAACCUAGCUCAGCUGAUGAAAACAUCCCAAAAGACAACAGCUCCCACACACCUCGCAAGAUUUCAUUAGGUAUACCACGGGUCAGGGGACAACCCAAACAGACUAACUUAUUAGAUACACCCCACUGGGCUAUCCUCCCCCCACCUAGUAAAUUCAACAAAGAGAACCCAGAAGAAACCAACAAGGGAAGCCAUUUUGUUCCAACUGGCACAAUCAUUCCUGCUGACCCAGAGGAUAGCACAGAACGGGUAAUUGUUGAAAAACCAGAACAGUCCAGGGAAUCUGACUCAAGUUCAAGCGAAACAGAACAGAGGGGGGAUAAAGAUAGAGUAAAAUCCUUGUCACGUGAAGAUUCUGAGUCUAAUGGUGAUAUGUCGAAGAACAGUAGUGAUGAUGAUUCUUUGAGACCUAACCAAGACGUAGUCGAUAGUGGUAAGAAAAUGCCAGCACCUCAACCACCACCAAGAAGAAGGUCUGGCCAUUCAAGAUCUUCAUCAUUGGACUUACAGAAGCUCUUUAACAAAGCAGGAAAUACACAAUCAUUACAGAAUGCGACUGAUUACUCUAAGGAGGCCAGCCCAACACAGGGAAAUCAGCCAAAUUUUGCCGACUUCAGUAAAUUUGAAAGCGCAACCGCCUCUCAUUCUAACGAGAAUCUCUCGCGACCUGUUCACAGAAGGACAGCCUCACUGGAUAGCGCUCAUGCUAUCUUUAUCGAACCAACUCCUCAACCUGCUGUUGUUGACGACGAUAUACAAGCGAACGAUACCUCAAACCUUCGACCUGAAAUUCCUGUAUCUGUACCAAGGCCUGUUCCAAGAAAGAAACCAGCCAGUCCUCCACCACCUUUGAGUCGACAGAAAAAGGACGUUCAGCAAGAUAGCGGAUCUGACAGCAUGGUCGAUAAAGAGAAGAAAAUAUCGAAAGAACCGAUCCACUUUGUUGUCAAACCGCUAACAAGACUGGAACAGCUUCACGCUAAAAUUCGCGAUUUAAAAACGAAGAAUACGCGGUUAUCAAGAAUUAAUAAUGAAUUGCAACAGGAGCUAAAAGAGAUGAUGGGGAAACGUGUUGGACUAGAAAGCUCUUUGGAGCAACUAAAGCCCUUUGCUAAAUGAUUUCAUAUAAUGGGAAUGUUUAUUGAGUUUUGUAAACUUUGCUUUAAAAGCAAGAAGUGAUAGCAUAUUGAUUAUCGUAGGAUGGUUUAAUCAUCGCUUAUACCUCAGAGUUUGGAGAAAUUGAAGAUCUCUGAAGAUCCAAUCUGAAUGAAGAACACUCGGUCUAGUUCCUAGAAAUGCUUGUUGAUUCCUAGCUUUUAAUAUGAAAUAAUUGGCAAUAUAGUGAAUUUAUUUAUUUUAGUGCGAGUUUUGAAUACAGGCGAUGUAAUAAUUUGUAUAUAA